AUGAAGAAGCUUAACAAAAGGGUAUUUGACAUGGGAGUUUGGGAUGUUUUUGCAGAGGAGGGGAAUGUCAGCAGUGCAACAAGCUCUGAAACUGGCACCACAGAAGAUGAAGCGGAAUAUCCAACAAGCUUGAAAGACUUGAACUUGAAUCAAGUCAUGUUGAGGAGCAGUAGCCUGGCAAUGAUGAAAUCCAAGAUCCUCUGGAACAAGGCCAAGGAAGAAGGCAUCAAUAGAUCCAAGUCUGCAUUUGAGGAAAUAGCUCGAGCUCGAGUGGAGAUUUUAAACUCAGUAGCGCCUACUCAAAUGACUUUCAAAAAUUUCAGCUCCUUUCUUGCAAUAUUUGGUGUGCGCCGCCGAGAAACUGUGGAACGUGUUGCCAAGCAUCUCUUUUUGUCUGUGCCUUGUGCAUCCCGAAAAAGAGUCCUGGAGACUGAGCAUGAAGAUGAGAAGGAAGAAGCGUGGCAGCUUCUGACAACCCUUCCAUUUGAAGUAUUCUACCGCUUUGUGAAAGCUUUGAAUCCCGAGCCGUCUCAAGGAAGCUUUCGACAUGUCUCAUCAGAGCUGCUAUGCCGGAUUGUGUUUUGUGCCGUGACUGGUUAUGAGGGAGUAAGCCAUGAUGCUGGAGCAGCUUUGCGGUUUAAAGAUGAUGCCUCGCAGAAGCCUUUGACAAAAGAAAGCGUAUUUCAAUCAGUUCGAAACUUCUUUGAAGAAAAAGGAGCAGGCGAACAAGAAAAGUUGGAACAAGACGUCCAAGGCGUAGCAGAGUUUGUGUUCGCUGCCCUUGCUCGGAGCGAGGCCAGCUUGAGGACCUCUGUCAAAAGUGGCAUCAGCUUCAACGGUUUCCAGAGCUUUGUGCGCCAGAACCAAGAGGUCUACAUUCAACUUCUGUUUCUUCUGUUACCGCUGGCCACCACUGGGGAAAAGUUUGCCGCAGAGGAGAUGCACUUGAUGCAGAAAGGGCUUUACCAUCGCGCGGGGGAGCUGCGUGAAAAGGCAGCCACGAUGGCACGGGAGCUCCAAAAAAGGCAUCUUGCGCAUCUAUUGGCAGAGUUUGUGCAACCGUGGAGAGAGGUAUGCCGACGUAAUUCCAGAAGUGGAAAUGUGACCAGAAAGUCCCAAAGUGCCGCGUAA